AUGUCCGUCGGCGAGCGACGGGCGGAGGCCCGGAAACGGCGCCAGGAGCAGUGUCAGAAGAGCUGCGCGUGCGUGGUGAUCUCCAGCUUGGUGGCCACCAUCGUGAUCCAGUGUUUGGCGAAGCCGGUGGAGGUCACGGUGCCCAACACCCCGGAGGUGCCAGCAGCACAGCCCUACCUGGCGGCAUGCAGUGCGCAUGCGAAGUGCGCGCAGCAGGGCCAGGAUGAUUGCUGCCCCUCCAGUGAUGGAGUCUUAAUGGGUUGCUGUAGCCCCAUCCCUUCAAGCGUCAAGGUGGACCCCUUCAGAGGCAUGUGCUACGCUCCCACACCAGCGAAGAACGUCUCAGUGCUGCCCACCGAUGACUACAUGGCUCCCUGGGCCGAGGCGCUCUGGGGCAAGUCCGGGCGCGACGAUCUGAGCGCCAUCCGACAGAUGGGCUUCAAAGUGCUGCGUGUCUAUGGCAACGACCCACGGCUGAGCCACGAAGCCUUCUUGUCGCGCUGCACGGCCUUGGGCCUCAAGGUCAUUGUGGCACCUUGGGCAGAAGAUGCGGAGUCGGAGUUCCCUGAAACCACCUGUGAGGAUCCCCAGAGCAAGUGCGCCACCGCGCCGCCCUACGACUGCUUCACUGAAGUGAGGCUGCAGUUCACCACGAUGCUGAAGAAUGGCUUCACGGUGCGGGACGGCGAGGGGCAGAUGCGGUAUCACCCGGCCAUCGAGGCCAUCAUCUUGAUCAACGAGCCUGAACUGAAGAUCACCUACCAGGGUGCCAUCGCCAAAGAUGCCUGGAGCAAGGGGUACUACACCAAGGCCUUGCUAAGCGCUUUGGACGGCGCCCUGCGCGCCGAGGAGUCGCUGUCCAUCAUGGGCGCCAAGCCGCCCUUCACGGUGGUGAACUCCUUCUCAACCUGCGAGACCUGCAAGACCAACGUCGCAGGUCGGGGGGGGCGACGAAGCUCGCCUCGGAGACCUUCGGACGUGCGCGUGACGCCGGGAUUUCUGGAAGGCGCGCUGAAGCCGGACUUCUUCGGCUACGAUCCGCGGCAUGACUUGAAGAGCGCGCUGCAGAACCGCUGGCUCUUGGGCUUCAACACCCAAGAUACCUCUGAUGUGAUCUGCAAGCAGGUGCUCCAGCCUCUGAAAGCUACACCCCUCUCCGGUCUGCCGAUCUGGGCUGGUGAGUACAAGGCAUGGUAUCAGUCGAUGCCGGACAGCAAGGUGGCAGACUUCAAGGAGGAUUGGUCGAAGCUGAGCUCCUGGGUGCAGCAAGGCGCCAGCUGCGACGCUGCAGGUGCACCGCUGCGAGGCCCAUGA